AUGUCUGGGAAUGUCACUUCACCUGCAGAGCUGGAGCCCCAGGCCCGCCCAGCCUGGCUCCCGGAGCCCCCGCCAGCUCUCCGGAGCAGAGCCCGACUGUGUCCCGAGAACAGGCCUUACGUUCUGCAUCUGUCACCGCAGGUUAUUGAGAGCUGUGUCGCCGCCGCUGGCUUCAGUGUGGGAGAAUUCGCAGCCCUAGUGUUUGCCGGAGCCAUGGAAUUCUCUGAAGGUCUGUAUGCGGUGAAGGUCCGGGCGGAGGCGAUGCAGGAAGCCUCGGAAGCCGUCCCCAGCGGGAUGCUGUCCGUCCUCGGCCGGCCCCAGACCAAGUUCACGUUCGCCUGUCUGGAAGCCCGGGAGCACUGCAAGACCCUGGGCAUAGAGAACCCCGUGUGUGAGGUGGCCAACUACCUCUUCCCGGACUGCAGGGUGAUCUCGGGACACCUGGAGGCUCUGCAGUUUCUCCAGAAGAAUUCCUCCAAGUACCACUUCAGACGCACCAAGAUGCUGCCGGUCAGCGGGGCCUUCCACACCCGCCUCAUGGAGCCCGCCGUGGAGCCCCUGGCGCAGGUCCUCAAGGCCAUCGACGUGAAGAUGCCCCUGGUCUCUGUGCACGCCAACGUCAGCGGGAGCAGGUACAUGCACCCUAAGCACAUCCAGCAGCUGCUGGUGAAGCAGGUGGUCUCCCCGGUGAAGUGGGAGCAGACGAUGCACGCCUUGUACGAGAGGAAGAAGGGCUCCGACUUCCCCAGGACCUUCGAGGUGGGGCCUGGGAAGCAGCUGGGCGCCAUCCUGAGGAGCUGCAACCUGCAGGCCUGGAAGUCCUACAGCCACGUGGAAGUGCUCGAGGCCGACGAGGCCGCGGACGAGGACCUGUAGGGUCUCCAAUGACCACGGGGUGGGGUGAGGUGUGGUGGGGGCGGCGGGGGCUGAGCCGGCCUGGCCUCCCCAGAGGAGGCUGUUCCUGCUGCUUCCUGUCCAGCCUCUGCCGCCAGUGAUGGGGAGGGACUGUGUGACGCCACGUAAAGCACAUAAAGUGAGUAUUUAUACAACACA